CCUCCUCCUCCUCCUCCUCCUCUUCUUCCUCCUUUUCCUCCUCCUCGGCUCCUGGCACGCGCGGACAGAACCAGAUCCAGGACCAGGACCGGGACCAGGGUCUGAAGAUGGACCAGGAGAUGAAGAUUACAGACAGCAUAGAAGACCGAGGCCUCCUGGAGAGCAGCAUGCGGCUGAAGCCUCACGAGGCUCAGAGCUACAGGAAGAGGGCGCUGUGGGUGUCCUGGGCAUCCAUCGCCGUGACGAUCGCUCUGGCUGCUGCCGCCUUCACCGUCUCCAUCAUGCGCCACAGCGCCUCGGCGUUCGGAUUCGCCUUUGACGCCACGCUGGACGUGCUGUCCUCCGUCAUCGUCCUGUGGCGCUACAGCAACGCCGCCGCCGUCCACUCGGCGCACAGGGAGUAUAUAGCGUGUGUGAUCCUGGGCGUGGUCUUCAUCCUGUCCUCCCUGUGCAUUCUGGGAAAGGCCAUCCAUGACCUGGCCACCAAGCUGCUGCCUGAAGUGGACGACUUCCUGUUCAGCGUGUCGGUCGUCAGCGGCCUGCUGUGCGUCAUCCUGGCCGCCAUCAAGUUCAUGCUGGGGAAAGUCCUGACGAGCCGAGCCCUGAUCACCGACGGGUUCAACUCCAUGGUCGGGGGGAUCAUGGGCUUCUCCAUCCUCAUCAGCGCCGAGGUCUUCAAGCACGAGCCCAGGGUGUGGUACCUGGACGGGACGAUAGGGGUCCUCAUCGGACUCAUCAUCCUCGCCUAUGGCGUCAAGCUGCUGGUGGACAUGGUCCCAAGAAUCCGACAGAAUAGGAACUACGAGAGAUUCGAGUGAAGGGCACGCCGAUGGACGAAGCUCCCAUAGUCUUUUUUUUUGUUUUUUAAAAAGUGUUUUCCUGUACAUACAAUGGCUUCAUCUGUCUUUUAUUUUGAAACGGACACCGCGGUCUUUCUGAAUCGAAGCAAGAGGAUCUAACGGGGAGUCGACCCGUCGGUCGAGGUACAAUACCUCAGCUAUACCUCAUUGUCUCGUCAUUAAGCGGCAGUUUGUCCAACCGAGGCGUCCACGCCGCGGCCGGUUGGCGUAGUUUUGGACGCAUCAGUGCCGAGGUCUAUUUGGCAAGGCAGGGGUGGAGGAGGGCACAGCAAAGAAUCCGAAUCUUACCAAGUUUUUUUUAAACUUGCUUUGAGUAAAAAUGUCUCAUUUUACUCGAUUUAAGAUAAAUUUACUUAAAAAAAUAUAUUUUAUCAACACAGAAAUGCUUGAUUUUAGAGGUUCUCUGAAAUCAAGACAAUUUCCACUUGUUCUGUUGACAGAUUUUUUUCUCUUAAAUUAACUUACUUUUACUUUGAAAUAAUUAAAAAAUAAUUUACAAUUUUCACUUGUUCUUUUGGCAGAUUUUUUUGUUAAAUGAGAUACUUUUGCUUUGAAAUAUGUUAAACCUACAAUUCUCACGUGUUCUAUUUCUAGAUUUUUUUUCUUAAAUUACAAUGCUUUUACUUUGAAAUAAGUAAAGACAUCUGCCAGUAGAUCAAGUGAAAACUUCAAAAUUAAAAUUUCAGCUAAACAAAAAGACUUGAUUUUAGAGAAGCUCUCUGAAAUCGAGAUAAUUUUCACUUGUUAUAUUGGUUAAUUUUUUUUUAAUUUAUUUUAAAGUAAAAGUAUAUUAAUUUAAGAAAUUAAUCUGCCAAGAGAAAAAGUGAAAAUUGUCUUGAUUUCAGAGAACUUCUCUUAAAUCAAGUCUUUAUUUUGCUGAAAUAUAAUAUUUAACUGUAAAAAAAAAAAAAAAAAAAAAAAAAAACUU